CACGCACUCACUAACCUCUAUCCAAUAACUCCACCAUUACCAACUUUAUGUAUAUAAAACAAUAUCCAUGACCAAGAAAAUCAAAAGAGGUAAUCAAACAACUCCCUCGUCAAACAACCCCAUCACUAACACACUCUCUCUCUUCUUGUCCUCUGUCCUCUGUACCAAAUAAUGCAACCACUCAUCAUCCUCUUCAUUCUCAUCAUACUCAUCCUCCUCAAGCUCACUCACACCAUCUUAUGGGUCCCAUGGAGAAUCCAACGCCACUUCAAGAACCAAGGCAUAUUGGGCCCCACAUACCGCCCAAUCUUCGGGAACACGGCCCAGAUCCGACUGUUGUAUGCUCAGGCCCAAUCCAAGCCCAUUCAAAACGAACAAGACGAUGAAGAUGGUCCAAUGGUACUGAAUCAUGAUAUCAGUCAUCGGGUCAUGCCUUUCUACCAUCAUUGGUUGGCCCAAUAUGGGAAGACUUUCUUGUACUGGUUUGGGCCUAGGCCCAUGCUUGCUAUUGCUGAUUAUCAGAUGAUUAAGGAAGUGUUGAUUAAUAAAAGUGGGUUGUUUAGGAAAUUGAAGUAUAAUCCUUUGGCUAAAGUGUUGUUUGGUGAAGGACUUGUUGGGCUUGAAGGUCAUAAUUGGGCUUUUCAUCGUCGUAUUGCUAAUCAAGCUUUUACUAUGGAAAGGGUUAAGAGUUGGAUACCAGACAUUGUUGCUAGUACAAAAAAGACACUAACAGAAUGGGAGGAAACCAAGGGAGGCGAAGAAGAAUUUGAGCUUGAUGUGCACCAAGAGCUUCAUACUCUCAGUGCAGAUAUCAUAUCGAGGACCGCCUUUGGAAGCAGCUAUGAAGAGGGAAAGCGAAUAUUUCAAUUACAAGAACAACAAAUGAACCUUGUCUCCCUUGCUCUCAGAAGCAUCUACAUUCCCGGAUUUAGGUUUUUACCGACUACGAAAAACAAAGAGAGGUGGAGGUUAGAUAAGGAAACUCGUGAUUCGAUCAAGUUGUUAAUCUCAAGAAACAAAGAUUCAACUAAAACCCAAAGCAACUUGCUGAGUUUAUUCAUGUCUGCUACUGACUAUGAUGAGGAUGGGAAAGAAAGGAGAUUGAGUAUAGACGAAGUCGUAGAAGAGUGUAAGACUUUCUACUUUGCAGGGAAAGAUACAACUGCUAAUCUUCUUACUUGGGCACUCAUCUUACUAAGUACAAACCAAGAAUGGCAAAACAAGGCAAGGGAUGAAGUUUUUCGAGUUUGCGGUGUCCAUGGAUUCCCUACUGCAGACAACAUCAAUGACUUCAAGCUUAUUAACAUGAUACUCAACGAAACCUUACGACUAUAUCCGCCUGCUGUGAUGAUGAAGAGAAGAGCUAGCAAAGAAGUGAAGUUAGGAAAUCUUACAAUUCCAGCAGAAACACAGCUGUAUCUAGCCAUGACCGAUGUUCAUCAUGAUGUCAAUAUAUGGGGAGAAGAUGCAAACAAGUUCAACCCUUUGAGAUUUUCGGAACCUCGAAAGCAUCCAGCUAUAUUUUUUCCUUUCUCAUUAGGUCCAAGAGUUUGUGUUGGGCAAAACAUGGCUAUGGUGGAAUCAAGAAUUGUACUAGCCAUGAUUGUUCAGAAAUAUAUGUUGGUGUUAUCUCCAACUUAUGUUCAUGCACCAAUGCAAUUGUUGACCUUGCAACCUCAAUAUGGUGCACCUAUCCUUUUUAGGAAAGUCUACUAAUUUAUAUUGACUGUUUUGGAGCUUUUCAUUCUAGUUUAUUUAACAAAUUAUCAUGUAGUUUUGACCGGUAGUACAAAUGCUUACCAUCUUGAUUAUGAUUUCACUUAUACCAUUUAUGUUUUCUUUUCAA